GUUAAUGGAAACGUCAGAAUGAUCUCAGGUGCCAUCUGAAAUUUCUUACGUUACAGGUGACGUUAACGACUUCGUUUGUAAUUAUUUAUUUUUAGGGUGUUUACAAGACGUAUAUUUAACUUCACGUAACCACAGUAGCUUUAGACUAAAAAUAUGACAAUAAGCAAAUGGUCACGGCCAACAUUAUUCGUUUUCGAAUAAGUAUUUUUGGCAUAUACAUCUGACAAGGAUCUUUAACGGGGCCCGAAAGAUGUCGAACAAUAAGAAACAAAAUAUUUGUGAAUUGAUAACGGAACUGACAUGUCUUUUAAAAGAAUACAACAGAUGUUUAGAAGUUACGCCGAGCGAAUUUAUUAAAAGCGAAAUUUACGAACAGGAACCGAACGAAACGAAAAGUUACUACUACGAAAGUUUUUUACAAAUGAUGCGGUUCUACAGUGUCUAUGAAGGAACUGUGGCGUUAUAUAAGUCGUUUCACAAAUUGAGACAGAUAAAUAAAGAACAUGUAACAGUUUUGGUUUACGUUAUAAUGAAUUUUUUUCAUAAAAGCUCCUACACGACAAUAAAAAUCGCAUUCAAAAUGUUCUCCUCUGAAGAAGUCAAUAGACUGCUGCAGUUCUUUACAAAAGAAGAUAAUUUAAUAGAUAUAGCUCAAAUGGCAUGCAGAAAAUACGAAAAUGAUUUUGUACUCGAACAAAUAAUGGUUCCACUUACGUCAUGCACAUCAUCGUUCGAAUGGAUGUUGAAAGAAAGGGAGAGUGAGAGGUUCGAAAGAGAACAGGCACGCGUCAAGCCGCCAACUAAGCCUAAUCCUCCAAAAUGCGCCACAGUUGUAAAGCGAACCCCAGCACCUCCAGGGAAUACUCCCACUUUAUCUCUCAGUACAUUUAAACGCUCUCACAUUCCAAGAAGCAUGUAUAAUAAGACCUCUAAAAUAGAGGAGAAGUUGGAAGCAUGUAAAACAGAAAACAGAGAAAAUGCUCGACAAUUGUACUUGGAGGCUCAGAAAAAUUCAUUCAAAUGUGCCAGAGAACUUACAAAAUUCGUAUCAAAAACUACAGCAGCCGAUUCUGAAACUCAAUCUGUUGUUCCAACAUCUUCCGUUACUUUUAAACACAAAUCGGUCCCUCCAUUUAAGCCGGUUUUUGUAAAAUCCAAUAAUACGACGUUAUUAAGAGAAGCAGCCCUCAUAUCUAAAGAUCAACAGAAGGAAAUAGAGAAAAUUGAGAAUAUUGUAAGUGGCGGAUUCGACAUAAACAUUGCCCAAGCUAUUGAAGAAGAGAUUAGGAAGGACGAGGAAGCUCGGCAGUUACAAGAAAUUGAAAAAAAGCAUUUGAAAGGACUACUGACUUAUGAGCAAUCGCUUUUGGCAAAAAAGAAAUUGCUGAAAACGAAUAAAUUAAAAAUGGAAAAAUUCCAAGAGGAAAGGCUAGAACUGCUGAAAGAAAUAGAAAGAUGGCGCGAAGAGGAAGAAAAGAAAAUCAGGGAACUUGUUGAACAGGCUAAAAGUAUUGAGAAAGGAGCAAAAGAUGCUGAACGAAAGAUGAUUGCUGAAAAAAGACAAAAUGCUGCACUUCUUGACGCCGAAAAUAAGAGUCUCCUUCAACAAGCCUAUAUGGAACGGGAGAGAGAACUGCAGGAGAGGGCUCAGCUGAUUCAAGAACUGAGAUCGCUGCAGCAAGUUAGAAUUUUGCAUGUCAAAGAGUUUGACCCGACAGAGACUCCAAAUCUUGGCCUGUUAUGUGAAAUGAGCAUCGCGGAAUUAAAGGAACGCCUGUCUAUUAUGAGAAUGGAACUUAAAGAGGAGUUAGAGAACAAGAGAAAAAGAAUAUCAGAAGAAAAACACAGACAGCAGCAGAUGAUAGAGAGCGUCAAGUUGUACAUAAAAGAUGCAAGAUUUGUUAAGUUGAAGAAAAAGAAAAAGAAAAGAAUUGUACACUUGGAAUUGACACCUGAACUUAUUGCAUUGCGAACAAAACUUCAAGAAGCACGGAAAGCAAACAGACUUGGACAAAGCAUUGUUGUUGGAUGAUUAUUUAUUUAUUUAUGUACUUUUUACUUGUCCUUAUACUUAAUGUGUUAAUUUCUCGUAAAUUUUAAAUUUAAAAGUUCGAUAGAAUUUCGGAUUUUCUUUUGUAACAACUUUUGUAACGCAUCUUAGAAAUUAGUGGGUGAAACGGUUACGUAUGUACAUCGAGAAUAUAUCAAGUCGAAAAUAUUGGGUAGAUUUGAAUGACGUUUAAUGAUUUUCUUGACUAUUACAUACGGGUGCACUAAGAACGCAGUAUGCGAAAAUCGUGUUUUAUGGACUGAAAAAGAAAAGCAAAAAUUUAAAGGUGUUAUUUAAAAGGUAAUAAAAUUGUAAGAAUGA